AUGUAAAUAACUCAAACUUAAUUAUUAGAAUGGGUAAAGGAUGGAAACAAAGUAACUUUGAAGAAACAUUUCGAGGAUGAGUUAAAGUUUUCUUAAAAUAAAUUAUCAGACUUCUUUACAAUGGUUGAUGAUUAAAAAAGAAAUGUUGUACAUUGGGCAGCUUAUUUGGGAUAAUAUAAAUUGUUAAAGUGGUGGUGUAAGAAAUACAAAUUGAUGAUAAACUUAAAUAAAGGUGAUAUGCAUUCUUACACUCCCUUAGAAUUAGCAAGCAUCAAAGGGUAUGUUAUAUAACAAUUUAUUCUAAAGGUAUUCUGGUGAAUAUAAUCCAGAAUAACAAGAAAAUACAAUAAAAUUAUUGCUAGAACAUGGUUCUUUAAUUCCAUAAUCAAAUACUUCCAAGCCAAAUCCUUUACAUUGGGCUUUUUAUUAUGGAAACAAAGAACUUGUAGAUUUUUUAAUUUCAAAGAAAUUUUAACUUUAAUUAGAAACAGAUUAAUAAGGCAAUUAUCCAAUAGAUUACUUGUUUCUAGAAAAUAGACCUGAUUAAUAUAAGUAUAAUUUUAUAUAUAAAUAAUAAGAAAAGAAGUUAGUGAUAUAUUUGAAAAUAUUGUCAUUAAUUAUGCUUAAGUAACAACUAAAUAAACUUUAAAUAGAAAACCAAAGAAAAAAAAGUUAAGAGUACCUAAAAAGAAAAAGAAUAGAUAAUUAAGAGAUGGAAAAUAACAUUAAGCUACAGUAGUAAUGAGUUAACUUCCAUUAAUUUAAACAUAAAUAAAAGAAGAUGAUUCAACACCAGAAUCUGAACCUUCUAAAAAUGGGAUACCAUAUUCUAAUAUAUCAAAUUAUCAUAAAAGUCAAACAUCAAACUCAUUUAUCUCUAAAAAUACUAUACCUAAAAGUAGUUAAAAUCAAACUCAGAGUUAAUAAAUAUUAAUUAAAUUUUAAUAAAGAAGUUGUUGCAAAAAAAUAUAAUCAAAAAAUUUAGAUGAAAUUGCUGAUGUUCCUCUUUAUGAUGAUUCUAGAAUUGAAAUGAAAGAACCUGAAGAAGAGAAAAUACCUGAAAUUAAAGUAUUUAAUUAAAAUCAAAGAAACUCCAAUUCAUGUAAACUUAUUACUGAAAAAAAUUAAGAAAAUCAAUUUAAAGCAGAUGAAUGCAAUAUAAUCAUAGCAGAACCUCCUGUUUUAUAAUUUAAUUCAGAAACUUCACCUCCAAAAAAUUUUGAUCAUAGAAGACGUCAUAAAAGUAAUAGAUUCAAAUCUUAAAAUGAAGAUUAUUUGGAAAAAAUUGAUUUAAAAGAAUAAGAAAAGUUUUAUAUUUAUCAUAGCAAAGCUUAUUUAACAAAAAAUGAAAUCUAUGAAUGUCGAUUAUAAUAUUGGUCUGCUAGACAAGGUAAUACAGAGUUUCUUAUAUAUUUCUUAAAAAGAAGAUGCAAUCCAUUUGUCAAUGUAUAUUAAGGUUUUAAUUGUCUACACAUUGCAGCUUUCAAAGGAAAACUUAAAAUAUUAAAAAUAAUUCUAGAAGCAGAUUAUGAAUAUUAUGAUUAUUCUGAAGAAAAUAAUCAAAAAUAUAAAAAAUAAAUAAAAGAUUAAAUAUUUGAUAAAGUAUAUAUUUUUAUUAUAUUAUAGAAAGAAUGUAUUAAUAUUUUGACAGAUUAAAAUCCAUCAAAUGCUUUACAUUUAGCUAUAGAAUAAGAAAAGUAUAAAUGCAUGAAAACCUUAAUCUUACAUGGAGUAUCUGUUGAUACAGUAAACAGUAGAUGUCUCAAACCUUUCGAAUUAACUUUCAAUCAAGAUAUUAUGGAGUAUUAUAAGGAAAAUAUUUAAAUUAAAUAAUAAAUGAGUAGUUUAACUGAAUUAGGAUAUUAAUAUGUAAUUUAAACUAAAGGCACUUUAAGUGUUGAAUAAGAUAUUGUAUAUCUAUAAUUACAAAAUAUAAGACAAACCUUUAAAGAUAGAGGAUGGAGUUUUGAAUUUAUGAUAUUUCAUGCUCCAAAUCUUGAUAAAUUAGAAAUGUACAAUGACAAUGCUUAAGCUAAAAAAGUUAAAUCUCUUUAUCAUUAUUAUGUAUUAAAAUUACCACCUGAUUCUAUUUAUAAAUUAGCAGAUUUAUAUUAGAUAUCAUGUUACAACUUUUAAACUAAAGUAAAUUAUAUCUUUUAUUUUAGUAUAUAUGUUAAUUUAAUUAUGAUAAUAGAGGUUUUUUUGAAUUUCCAAAAGACCUUCAAGUAUAAAUGUUAAUAUUAAAUACACUUAAUGAUGAAUUUGAUGUAGAUAAAUUUGUAUUAGAAAAAUUAAUAAUUUCCCAUUAUCCUUUAGAGGAUAUAUAAAAAUGUGAAAAGAUAACUUAAUUUUGGGAUGAAUAACAAAAUAAUUGUAUUCAAGAUUCGAUUCGAUAUGAAACACAAUAAAUUGCAUUAAGACCAUUGCAUGCUAUUGCCUCUUAUUUUGGCCCAGUUGUUGCAUGGUACAUAGCCUUAAAUGUACAAAUAAUAGGUUGGUUGAUGAUUCCAUCAGUGUUUGGAGCAGCUUUNAAAAAUUUUGAUCAUAGAAGACGUCAUAAAAGUAAUAGAUUCAAAUCUUAAAAUGAAGAUUAUUUGGAAAAAAUUGAUUUAAAAGAAUAAGAAAAGUUUUAUAUUUAUCAUAGCAAAGCUUAUUUAACAAAAAAUGAAAUCUAUGAAUGUCGAUUAUAAUAUUGGUCUGCUAGACAAGGUAAUACAGAGUUUCUUAUAUAUUUCUUAAAAAGAAGAUGCAAUCCAUUUGUCAAUGUAUAUUAAGGUUUUAAUUGUCUACACAUUGCAGCUUUCAAAGGAAAACUUAAAAUAUUAAAAAUAAUUCUAGAAGCAGAUUAUGAAUAUUAUGAUUAUUCUGAAGAAAAUAAUCAAAAAUAUAAAAAAUAAAUAAAAGAUUAAAUAUUUGAUAAAGUAUAUAUUUUUAUUAUAUUAUAGAAAGAAUGUAUUAAUAUUUUGACAGAUUAAAAUCCAUCAAAUGCUUUACAUUUAGCUAUAGAAUAAGAAAAGUAUAAAUGCAUGAAAACCUUAAUCUUACAUGGAGUAUCUGUUGAUACAGUAAACAGUAGAUGUCUCAAACCUUUCGAAUUAACUUUCAAUCAAGAUAUUAUGGAGUAUUAUAAGGAAAAUAUUUAAAUUAAAUAAUAAAUGAGUAGUUUAACUGAAUUAGGAUAUUAAUAUGUAAUUUAAACUAAAGGCACUUUAAGUGUUGAAUAAGAUAUUGUAUAUCUAUAAUUACAAAAUAUAAGACAAACCUUUAAAGAUAGAGGAUGGAGUUUUGAAUUUAUGAUAUUUCAUGCUCCAAAUCUUGAUAAAUUAGAAAUGUACAAUGACAAUGCUUAAGCUAAAAAAGUUAAAUCUCUUUAUCAUUAUUAUGUAUUAAAAUUACCACCUGAUUCUAUUUAUAAAUUAGCAGAUUUAUAUUAGAUAUCAUGUUACAACUUUUAAACUAAAGUAAAUUAUAUCUUUUAUUUUAGUAUAUAUGUUAAUUUAAUUAUGAUAAUAGAGGUUUUUUUGAAUUUCCAAAAGACCUUCAAGUAUAAAUGUUAAUAUUAAAUACACUUAAUGAUGAAUUUGAUGUAGAUAAAUUUGUAUUAGAAAAAUUAAUAAUUUCCCAUUAUCCUUUAGAGGAUAUAUAAAAAUGUGAAAAGAUAACUUAAUUUUGGGAUGAAUAACAAAAUAAUUGUAUUCAAGAUUCGAUUCGAUAUGAAACACAAUAAAUUGCAUUAAGACCAUUGCAUGCUAUUGCCUCUUAUUUUGGCCCAGUUGUUGCAUGGUACAUAGCCUUAAAUGUACAAAUAAUAGGUUGGUUGAUGAUUCCAUCAGUGUUUGGAGCAGCUUUAGGAAUUUAUAUCAUUAUAACAGAGGAAGUGAAGUAUGAAUAAUAAGGGAAUAUAUUAGUUCUUCAAUAGUUCCUUUUUACGCAUUAUUAAUGACACUUUGGUCUACAUUAUUUAUGGAGAAGUGGAAAAAUAGAGAAUCUGAAUUGAAAUUUUGUUGGGAUAUGCAUAAAUUUAGACAAACAUAACCUUAAAGAGUAAUGUAUACAGGUUAAUAUAUUAUAAAUGAGGCUACAAAUAAGAUUUAGAUAUAUGAUUAUUUUACUACUUUUAAGAGACGAUUAAUUGCAGAAGGACCUGUAAUUUUAAUAGGAAUAGCAAUUAUUGUAUUAAGUUUUUAUGCAUUUAAUCUUUGGUUAUAAGAAUGGAAAGAUAAUGCAAUAAUGCCAAUAGUGAUUAAUUCAUUAAAUGGAGUUUCGAUGACAGUGUUUUGUGAUUUAUAUAAAAGAUUGUGUACAUCUUUGGUAACAUGGGAAAAUCAUAUGUAUGAAUCAGAAUAGGAAUACUCAUACAUUUUGAAAGUAUUUUUAUUUGAAUUUCUAAUAUCAUAUGUAUCAGUAGUUUAUGUAGCAAUAUUUGAGAAUGAUGCUUCUUAAUUAAGUGUAUCAGUAGCUAGUAUAAUAAUAACUAGAGGAGUGAUAUCAAAUGUGAAGAGUAAUUUUUUACCUUACUUUUUGUUUAAAUAAGAGAAAAGAAUAUUGGAAGAAAAGUUUUAAGAAUUCAAAAGAAUAUUUACAUAGAAAUUAGAGGAAAAGAAAUAAGUUCCUAAUAUUUGUAAUUCCAAAUUCAGUAAUGAUAAAUUGAAUUCUGAAAUAUAAUUAUCAUUUCUUUAAGAAUUAGAAAUAGGUCGAAUUAAAUAACCAUAAAAAGUUCUUUAUGAUGAAUAUACAAGUAUUGCAAUCUAAUUUGGAUAUACAACUAUGUUUGCACCUACUUUUCCAGCUGCUCCUUUAUUUUUUAUGAUUAAUUGUUAUAUCAAUUUAAGAUGGUCAAUUUACAAUUAUUAACAUAUUUUGAAAAGAGAAAGAGCUUAAGCUGCAGAUUCAAUAGGAAUUUGGUUGUAAAUUUUUGAAAUAAUGAAUUAUUGUGCUACAUUUAUGAAUUGUAUAGUUAUAGGAACUGUUAAUAAGGAAUAAUUUAAGGGAAUUAUUGGAAAUCAAAAUGCUCUUGUUAGUGCAUUUUUCCUUGCUGCAAUAGAACAUAUAUUAUUACUUAUUAAAUAUAUUCUUGAUGUUUCAAUUCCUGACUGUCCUUAUUGGGUGGAAAAGGAACUUAGAAGGUAUGCAUAUUUAGAAGAAAAAUACUUGAAAAAUAACAAUUGA